AUGCUUCGAACUAUACUCAUUUCCCUUUUCCUUCUGAAUUUAAGCCGAGCGGGACCUCUGGAUACUCUAGAGAACGCCUACUCGAAAGCGGUCGAAUGUGCGGUCUGUCAGUUCUUCGGAGCAUCCACAGCUGGCAAAACUGGAGCGUCGAGAGCAGGUAAAACAGAGAAAGCUUCCACUUUUACGCUCAUUUUCAUUUUGAGAAUCGAUCGCCCACUGUCUAAGAUUCGAAGGAUGCGAGCAGCAACAGAGUGAUUGUGAAAUAGUUGCCACGUUGCACUCGGAGAUCGAAAAGAUGGACGGAAAGUUUGGGAACGCGAAGCCAGUCAUCGAGAACGCCGUCUCGAAAUGCGCGGAGAAUCCGAAGGCACUGGUGAUCGGUGAGGAUCCGUCGAGCACUCAGUGCAUGCUGUGCUUCCUGGUCUACGAUGUGCUCAAAUACAUUAACUACAGUACGCCUUGACUGGAACUUCCGGGAUGUGUGAUCUAUAACUGCUUUCCAGAUAUUCUCGAGAAUCCAAUGUUGGCAGACGUCAAAGUUGCGCUCGAAUCGGCGUGCAUCCUUCUGAACGAGGACCUCUGCCAGGCCCUCCUUCAGCCGGACUCUCUCGGAGCCAUCAUUCGUGGUCUGCAGGAUUCGCUUGGCGGCUUCUACGACUUGAUCGCAGUGCAGGGCUUCGGGUGUCCGGCGUAUAAUGACCUGUUUGGGAAAUGCUAA